UUUACAUUGUUUUGUUUUGGAACCAGGGGCUACUGAGAUAGAAACAAAGGCGAACAUUCUUGAAUUUCUGACUUGAGGAAGUUUGGGGAUGUAAAUAGGUAGCCAAAUCCAAACUUAAAAACAGUUGGAAUGCAGUGAUAUAUGACAAACUAAUUCCAGUUUAAAAUUCCUGAAUCUGCGGUUCUUACUCAAAAGUGUCGUCAAAAAGGAUAACGCCGUCGUUUGGUGAAAGUGGCUGUUCCCGGAUAUUUUUGUUUGAAAGGCGCGCUUAAGAUCGCUGGAUAUUGAAAUGUGAAUACGCCGAGCGUGGAUUGAUGCCAAGGGCGGAUCAGAGAGCGUGGUGAUGCUGUGUUGUUGGAAACCAGCGCAGGUUGUUCAGGUGUUGACCGCAGCCUGGGGAAAAGCCAGCAAACCCUGAGAUCAGUGUUUCCAAGCAACAUGGAAGAUUGGUGCCGAUGGCAUUAUCUGAACGAUGACACAAUUAAUCUGUUGAAACACCAUGGUCUUUUCACACUUGAAGCCAUAAGGAGCUUGACAAGGAAUGACAUUGAUAACCUGAACAUAAGCAUGGGUCAGAAAACAGUACUGCGGCAUCUACUGCGCUCGGAAAAUGCUCAGUCGUGGAUGGAGCAAGUCAAGAUUCCACAAAGAGAUGAUAUUGAUUAUGGAUGGAUACACUACAUUACUGAACUCUUUAUUUUGUGUGAUGGCUGCGGAAGAGACCCAAUUACAGGCACCAGAUUUGUCUGUACUCAGUGUGACAAUUUUGACUACUGUUCUACAUGCUUUCACACAAGAAGUCACAAAGACCAUUUAUUUACCAGAAUUGAUUGUCCAGGCUCAAAACCACUGUAUGCUGGAAGAUCAGGAAGCAGAGUAUCUGAAGGGGGAGGUCUCUGACUCAAAUAUUCAAGGUACAGAAUGACAACCAAAUCAAAGUUUG